AUGAAAUUUACCUAUAAAUUUUUCAUAGGAUUGGUAAUAGUUUUCAGUAUAUUUGGAUAAGGAUUAUCUUAAAGCACUGAUUUCACUUUAUGCCAAACUUAUUUAGACAGUAUCAGUAAUAGUAUAGCUAAUAAAAAACCUUUGCCACCUACUUUCGGAAAUACUUUAUUAUAUUCUGGAAGAACGCUUAAUGACGAAGGAGAUGUUGAAAAAUGUCGCAGCCUUCCUUAAAUGACAUUUGUUAGAUUAACUUUAACCUUGCCUAAUAACUUAGAAUAUUAUUUAGGAUUUUGUAUGUACGAAGUUUGUAAUGCAGAAGUCAUGAAUAGCAAUUCUUAAUUGGCAACAGCCGAACUUUUAAAGAUUCUAUAAACAAUUAAAGAUAUAUUCCCUCACUAGCAAGAUAUACCUAAACCUCCUGAAUUUUAAGUUAAUUUAACUGAAGGAGAUAAUUAAACAGUUAUUACAUAUGUCCCUUAUUAGGAAGAUACUUAAUCAAAGGCUACAGCUGGAUAUAUUAUAGCACUAUUUACUAUAGUUUUAGUAAGCACAUGCUCUAUUUUAGCUCCUAUCUUAAAAUUGCUUCAAAGAAAGAAAGAUAAAGCCAUUUUACAAGAUAAUACUAGAUACUAAACUCAAAUUAACUAUACUUAAGGAGCCACUUCAACAAGUAUGAUUUCAUAAUCUAAUUCUCAAAUUUCUAGACCAUCUCAUACUUACUCUGGACCAUAACCAUCUGUUAGUAUGACCAAUGGCAACACUGUUAGUCAAGUAGCAGCAGCAACAGGAAGACCCAAAAAAGAACCCUUCUGGUGGAGAGUAGUUCAAUGCUGGAACUUGCCUGAUAAUGUGAAAAAAAUGUUUACAUUAAAAAGUAAUAAUGACGAUUUACUUGUUUUUAAUGGUAUCCGUUCUCUUUGCUUUAUGUAAGUUAUUUUUGGCCAUGAAUUCUAUCUUCACAUGAACUACAUGAGUAAUCCUUAAGACUUGAUGAUCAUUUAAAAUAGAUCAUUUGUACUUUUCCUCUUUUCUUGUCUUUACUCUGUUGAUGUAUUUUUCUGGUUAGGUGGUUUCUUCUUGGCUUAUGUUGUCGCUGAUGAAAAAUAAUAGCGUAAUUUUUCAAUGAAAAAACCUGUCAAGACUGCAAUUUCAUUCUUGUUUGCUAUUAUUAACAGAGUAUUCCGUAUAUUCCCUUGUUACUUUUUAGUUUUGAUGUUUUACUGGAGACUUUCUCCCUUUGUAGGUUCUUCACCCACUUGGGAUGUCUUUAUGCAUGGAGCAGCUUUAUGCGAUACACGCUGGUGGUAAAAUCUCCUUUUCAUAGACAACUUAUUCCCAGGUUAAGGUAAAAAAUGCGUUCCUUGGGGAUGGUAUUUAUCUAAUGAUUUCUAGAUGUUUAUUUUUGGUAUGAUUCUUUUAAUCAUUUACUAAAAUAAUCGUUUAAUCGGAAAAAUUUCUGUUGGUGUUUGCUUCGCUGUCUUCUAGUCUGUCUCUAUUUACUUAUCAUUCAAAUAUGAAUUUAUGGUUCCUUCAAAUAUCUAAGCUUUAAGCUUAGACCACUAUUAUGAAGAUUAUUACAUUAAACCCUGGGCUCGUAUUUCUCCAUAUUUUGUUGGACUUUUCUUUGGUAUACUUUACAAGGAACAUUAGUUUGAUAAGGCUAAAAAUAAAUGCAAUGGAAUUUUGACAAAAAUGUAAAAGUUUGCUGGACACUCACUUGGAAAAUAUAUUUUCUACGCAUUAGGUUUUGGUCUCUGGAUGGGACUCGUAUUUGCUCCUCAUUAGAUGCAAGUACAUGGAAACGAUUACUGGAAUGCUGAUUUCUAGCACUUCUGGUUUGGAACUUGCAGAACAUGGUACGUUAUUGCAACAACUUGUUUUAUGAUUCCUGGUAUGCUUGGAUCAAAGGAUUUAAUAGCUAAGUUCUUUAGCAACACUUUGUUUGCUUUCUUACAGCGUCUUUCAUUUGGUGGUUACUUAACUCACUACAUUAUUAUUCUUUUCACUUUGUGGUACUCUAAGGAUGCAGUUUAUUAUGAUAGUGAAAAUCUUAUUGGAAUGUUCUUCUCUGAGUUUUUCUUUACCCUUAUUGCUGCUGCAAUAGUUGCUUUAAUUAUUGAAAUUCCAAUUAUGAAUCUUGCAUAAAUUCUUUUAGGAGGUAGAAAACCAUCUAGUGCCCCUGUUUAGAAGUUGGAAAGAGUUAAAUUGGAGGAGUUAACCCAAGAAGGUAACACAAAAUCCUUAAAUAUUAACAAAUCUUAAAUUUCAGACAAUGAGUCCUCUCAAAUAUCAAAUUUACAUGCAAAAUCAAUUACAGUUCAAAGUAAAUAAAUGUAAUAAAACUGA